AUGCCACCCCUCCAACCCUGGACCCCCACAGAAUGCGCCCUCCUCGCCUACUACACCGCCAACAACAACGCAAACCUCCGCCGCUUACACCUCACAUACGGCACAGUAGGCGCGGAAAUCAUGAAAGAAGUGAAAUACUUACGGGCUGUGGAGCCUGGACUGGAGUUGCCGUCGGUGGAUAGGCUGUUCACGGAGCGGACGAUCGCGAGUAAGGUUUUGAGGAUGAGGAAGAAGGGGGAAGGAGUUGUGGGGAGGGAGCCGAGAGGGCCGGGGAGGAGGGUGAGGGGGUAUAAGGAUGUGGGAGGGGAUGGUGGGUGUGGGUUGGUUGAGAAGAAUGAGGUUAAUGGGGAGAUGAAUUGGGUUGGGAGGGUACCUAUUGGUUCUGCAGUUACGGAGCGUGAGUUGGACGUAACUACUCUGUCAGACGUAAUGACUCCUCCGAGAGAUAGGACAUCCAUUCAAGAAGUCGGACAAGCACCGAUGUAUGUCGAUCCGAGAGAACUACAAAAAGACUUCAUGAGAAUCAGUCCUCCCAAUGACAUGACAUCUCAUACCUCGCCUAGAUAUUCAGAACAACUCACAAACCUACCAUCCACACCACUCUCCCUCUCAAAAAACCACUCAUCUUCCCUCGCCUCCACCAAGCGAAACGUCUGA